CUUUUAUUUCCUCAAUGCCUUCGGAGAACACUUAGGUAACUUAACCCUAUUUUAAUACUAAAAUUACGAUUAUAUUAUCUCAAUAUCACUUGACAUUAUAUUUUUUUUUAGAUUUCUAAAAAAUCAAAACAUAUUAAGAAAAACAGGACAGAUGUUCAUGAAUAUACUGAGGAAAAGAAGAAGGAAAUUGAAAAAGUGAUCUUUUGUUAUGUAUUUUAAUAGGAAUACUCACAAAUAAAAAAAAGCCACUAAUUACAGGAGUCCUAUGAACCAAAGAUCUAGAAUGUGGUCAGCACAGUGAUCCUGAAAAUGAAGACCAAGACAGGAGAAGAUAUUGAUAAACUGGAUUUGGACAAUCUGGCUCACACAUCUCAAAAUUGUGAAUACAAAAAAAGUAGAUAUUCAUUUAAAUUAUCUAGGUCGAUUUCCUGCUCUGAUUCAGAGAAUAAAAGAACCCAAGUCAACUGCCCUGAUAUUUGAAGCUGGUAAGAUGGUGAUAACAGGUACCAAAGGUUAGAGUGAGGCAGAAGAAGCUGCUAAUAAAGUUUGAAAAAAGCAUUUUAUUUAAAGUUUAAAAAACAGAUAGAGAAGAACAACAGGAUUAGUAUACAAAUAGGCGAUAUAUAAACAAGUAACAUAGUAGCCAACAGCCAAUUGCCUUAUGAAGUAAAUCUGAUGAAAAUAAAUGAUGACAGAAGUUUACAAGGAUCUAUCAGCUAUGAUGUACACAUUCUAAUUAAUCUCCCUUAGCGAUCAGCAUUCCCUGGAUUGAUUUAUAAGAUGUAAAAUCCUAAACUUGCUGCCCUCAUCUUCUAUUCAGGAAAGAUAGUCUUCACUGGGGCAAAAAAUGAAACUUAAAUCAAAGAUGCCUAUUGUCAAUUAUUCAAUAUUCUCAAAAAACACUAAUAAGAAAAAAACAAUAAAUGAA